UCGUGGGCAGCAGCUCCGCCCUCGCGAGGGCCGGGCAGACGGAGGGCGCGGCCACUCCGACUCGGGCAGCCUGGCGGGCUGGAGGGAAGGCGAGAGCCGCGAGCAACCGCCAGGAGCCGGGCACAAGCGGAGCGCCGACGGGGCGCGGCAGAAGGUGUGUGGGCGGGUAGCAUCUCAGCCGGCAUCAUGACGGAGGGGUUUGAUUGUGCGAGCUGCAAGGAGACCCUCUACGGGCGCAAGUACAUCCAGGUGGAAGAAGGGCCGUUCUGCAUCCCUUGCUACGAUGCCCGCUUUGCCAACACCUGUGACGAAUGCAAGGAGCUCAUUGGGCAUGACUGCAGGGAGCUCUACUACGAAGACCGCCACUACCACGAGGGCUGCUUCCGGUGUUUCCGCUGCGACCGCUCACUGGCUGAUGAGCCCUUUACCUGUCAAGGAGAGGAGCUUCUCUGCAAUGACUGCUACUGCCGAGAGUUCUCCUCCCAGUGUGUCGCCUGCCAGCAAAUUGUUAUGCCAGGCUCUCGGAAGCUGGAGUACAAUGGGAAGACAUGGCACGAGCAUUGCUUCCUGUGCAGCAGCUGCCAGCAGCCCAUUGGGGCACACUCCUUCAUCCCCGACCAGCAGGACUACUACUGCGUCCCCUGCUAUGAGAGCAAGUUCGCCCCCCGUUGCACACGCUGCAAGAAGUCGUUGACCAAGGGAGGCGUCACCUACCGGGAUGAGCCAUGGCACAAGGAGUGCUUUGUCUGCACCAGCUGCAGGGUGCCCCUGGCCGGGCAGCACUUCACCUCCCAGGAUGACCAGCCAUACUGCGUGAAAUGCUUCGGGAGCCUCUAUGCCAAGAAGUGCAGCGCCUGCACAAAACCCAUCACAGGGUUCGGUGGGGGCAAAUACGUCUCCUUCGAGGAUCGGCACUGGCACCACAACUGCUUCACCUGCUCCCGCUGCGCCACCUCGCUGGUGGGGAAAGGCUUCAUCCCUGAGAAUGAGGAGAUCCUGUGCCGCGACUGUGCCAACAGCGACCUCUGAAAUGCCACCAGGCACCUGUCCUGCAGGCUUUGCGUGUGCCCAAGUCCCUUCUUGGAGCAGCAGGCGAGGAGGGGGCGGGCGGAUGCCCCCCCCAGGAAGACACCGGCCCCUGCUUCCUCAGACCUGCCUGCCUGAUCUUGGGCUUGCUCAUGCAGGCUGUCCCUGUGAUAGAGCCCUCCCCCCCCAACCCUGAGGGCCAGCAAGGCAUUUUGCAGAUCUCCAUAAGUCUGUGAUCAGCUGGAGGGGGAUGGAAUGUCCAAUAUGGAGGGGGCGGGCAGGACUUGGCUCAACUGUCAGAGAAGACCCUUUGGAAUCCAAAACUACCUCAGUUUUUGAGGUUUUGACCAAAUGGUCCCCAGCUGGUGAUGCUUACCACUCCUUUUCUCACAGCAAAAGUCUGACCUAGCUCACUUGCAGGUAGGGGAGGGAGGUAACGAAAAGAAAAGCGCUCCUUCCCCCCUCCAGUGAUCCCCAGUGUACGCUUAGAGAGAGAGAGGGCUGCUUCUCUUUCUACCUGUUUUCCUAAGUGAGGUGAGAGGGCCUCGGCCUAGUAGGAGUCAGGAGAGCCUGCAAAGCUGAACCUCCUGGCCUGAGCAGAGCUCCCAGGGGUCUCUAUUCUGGGUUGAGUUUGCUUCCUCUUCUUGGGGUGAGGUGAGGUUUCCUUUCUUCCCUUUCUCCUGGUGAGAAGGCGAAGCGAUGUGUGUUCCCUCCCACUCCUCUGGAAGAGGUUCCUGCAUAUCACCAGCCCCUCAGUCAGAACCUUUGCUGGGGCUGGGGAGUGCAUCAAGCACCAGUUGAAGUGUUUCAAGGUUUUUCCGGGGUGGGGGGAGGGUUGCUUCCUAUGGCCCUGUUCACUGCCAGUAAUUGUAUGUGCCUCUUCCCUUCCCACUUCUGGCAUUGAAUAAUAAACCAUUUUAAUGGAC